AUGGAUUCCCUGAGAGACAGCGAUGAAGAAGAUGGGAUAGAAAAACCACUUCAGUCUCAUGAAACCUAUUUAUGUCAAGGUUUGAAACAGCUAUACCAAUCCCAACAACUUUGUGAUGUCACUUUGGGGGUUGAAGGAAGGAGCUUUCCUUGCCAUAGGAUGCUGCUGGCAUCUGUUAGCCCUUAUUUUCGAGACCUUUUCACCAGUGGCAGCAGCGAGUCUCAAAAUGGGGAGAUCUUACUUAAGGACAUGACGGCCUCCACCCUUCACAGCUUGCUGGAUUAUCUCUACACAGAAGAAUUGUCCCUCUCCGCUGAGACGGCUCAUGAUCUGUUCACGGCAGCUAGCAAGCUCCAAAUCCUCCCAUUGAAAGAAACAGUUGGAAGGUUUCUUGAGAUGAACAUUUCCAUGAGUAAUUGUCUCAACCUGUAUGGCUUGGCUUACGAGUUCAAUCAUCCACCCUUGCUCCAAGCAGCUCUAAGCUACAUUGAACAACACUUUGGAACCCUCACAAAGCAAGAGGCUUUCCUGAAUCUGGAUUCCGGUGCUCUGAUCAAUCUCAUCUGCUCAGACCACUUGGAAAUAACCUCUGAACUGAUCAUCUAUCAGGCUGUGCGCAGUUGGGUGGAAGCUGCAACCUCCGUACGUCUCCCGCUGUUUCAGAAGCUUCUUGGACAUGUCCGCUUUCCACUGCUCACUCAUGAUGAGCUUGUUGAUGUCCAGGCAGAUAUUGCAGAAUAUUAUCGCCAUGUGCGCCUCCGGUGGAAAGAGAUCGAUGGGACAGGGAGAUUGCUAGAGAGUGGUGGGCUCAGAAAAGGCAUGUAUGACAACUAUUUUGUGUGUGUGGAGGUCAAUGAAAACAGAAUCCAGGAUGGAGACAACCCGGAAUCCUAUCUGCAUUGUUUUGAUCCUCAUGCAGAGAAGUGGGAGAAGUUACCACCAGUAAAAUAUCUUAGCUACCCCGGAUGUGCUUCCGUGGGAUGCAAACUUUAUCUGUCUGGUGGUCAGAAGGACAAUUGUACAUUUGUUGAUGUUCUUUAUGAAUAUAGUUCCUUGACUAGUCAAUGGAUGCAGCUUCCAUCUAUGACUACAAGCCGGGCUGUGCAUCCCUUCCUAGCCUGCCACAAGAAACUCUAUGCUCUUGGAGGCUGCAAUGACUUGGGUCCUCUUACUUCCGCUGAGGCCUUCUGCGUGGAGCAGAGCACCUGGACUUCCAUUGCUGACCUUCCCCUUGCUCUGAUGUACCCUGCUUCGGCAAUGCUGAAGAAUAAGCUCUACUUAAUAGGAGGGAAAGCUUCCUGGAGUUACCGGGGCCUUCUUAUCUAUGACACAAAUGCCAAUUGGUGGACCGAAGUGCCGAUGGAGUUUGCCUGUUAUGGCGCAGCUGCUGUCUCAGUUGGAAAUGGGAUAUAUGUUUUGGGUGGAUACUCGGAGGAGAGGGGCAAUGUUGUAGUCCACACUUCAAUGGGCAGUGAAGAAGUCCCUUCCUGUACCAAAGGUAGCUUUUACCUCUGCGAGAAUGGCAGAGUCAAUUGGGAAGUCAACAUACCGGAAUUGCCCAUCGCCUUGGCAUUUGCUUGCGCAUUGGAAUUCCAAGGUAAGAUUUACCUGUUAGCGGGCAAAGAUGAGAACAACUCCUAUAACAUAAGCUACAGCUGGGUACCCGAGGACACAAGCUGGACCCAAUGCCCAGAGGAAAUCCCUGUCACCAAUGAAGUGAGGAUGUUCAACUGCGCAACCCUGAAGAUGCCCAAAAAGCCAAUCCGAAUUCUUCUGCUUGCAACCACAGCCAAGUCUACUGUCACUGGGGUAGACAAUGCCAAGAAAGGACACCCAGGUUCUUACACCAAUGAUGGCUGUGGUCUGAACUGCUGUUGGGGUUGA